UCUAUCCCUCAUGGAGGAGAUGGUUCCCAAAAAAGGGUUUAUGCUAGGGUUUUAGCCAUUUCCAUAGACAGAGCUUACGAACUGCAAAGAGCUCGAAUCAAAUCAAAUGCAGAGAUCGAUCGCGAUCUUAAUUGCAUCGAAGGCUAAGAAAUUUCUCAAUCUGUGUCUUCUGGAGAAAGGUAACCCUGUAGUAACUAGCUGUUUCUGGGGAAGAACUUUUACUACUAAGAGGUCGUCGAGUAGCGUUAGGGAUCGUAAUGUGAAUUUAGACGAUGCUAUUGAUUCGUUCUGUAACAUGAUUCAGUCUCGUCCUCUUCCUUCAAUUGUUGAAUUCAGUAAACUAUUGAGUCGAAUCGCCAAAUCGAGGAACUACGAUCUUGUGAUCUCUCUGUUUCGACAUAUGGAGGUUUGUGGAAUCGGGCAUGAUCUUUAUACUUACAACAUUGUGAUUAAUUCUUUGUGUCGAUGCUCUCGGUUUGUUAUUGCUUUAUCUGUUGUUGGGAAGAUGAUGAAGUGUGGUUACGAGCCCGAUGUUGUCACGGUUAGUUCUUUGAUUAAUGGGUUUUGUCAAGGGAAUAGAGUUUUUGAUGCUGUAUCUUUGGUUAGUAAUAUGGAGGAGAUGGGGUGUAAACCUGAUGUUGUUAUCUACAAUACCAUCAUUGAUGGGUUUUGUAAAGUUAGAUUGGUGAAUGAUGCGUUGGAUCUGUUUGAGAGAAUGGAAAAAGAUGGGGUUAGAGCGGAUGCUGUUACGUACAACUCUCUUGUGACCGGUCUUUGUAGUUCUGGUAGAUGGAGCGAUGCUUCUCGCCUGUUGAGUGAUAUGGUAAUGAGGGAUGUUGUUCCUAAUGUAAUCACUUUCACUGCGUUGAUCGAUGCGUUUGUGAAAGAAGGGAACUUUUUGGAGGCGGAGAAGUUGUAUGAGGAGAUGAGAAGAAGUUCUAUAGAUCCUGAUGUUUUCACUUACAAUUCGAUGAUCAAUGGGCUUUGUAUGCACGGUAAGGUAGAUGAGGCCAAAGAAAUGCUUGAUUUGAUGGUAACAAAGGGUUGUUUCCCUGAUGUAGUGACUUAUAAUACUCUCAUAAACGGAUUUUGCAAGUCUGAGAGGGUAGAUGAAGGAACUAAACUCUUCCGCGAGAUGUCUCAAAGAGGAUUAGUUGGCGACACUGUCACUUACAACACUAUUAUCCAGGGAUGUUUUCAAGCUGGUAAAUCAGAAGUUGCUCAAGAAAUUUUCAGAAGGAUGGAUCCUCGUCCCAAUAUUAGGACCUACAGUAUUUUUUUAUACGGGCUUUGUAGUAACUGGAAGGUAGAGAAAGCAUUGAUGCUAUUCGAGAAUAUGCAAAAGAGUGAAAUGGAACUUGAUAUUACUACAUAUAAUAUCGUCAUUCACGGGAUGUGCAAGAUUGGUAAUGUGGAAGAUGCUUGGGACUUGUUUUGUAGCCUUGCCUUCAAAGGAAUUGAGCCUGAUGUUGUGUCAUACACUACGAUGAUCUCAGGCCUUUGUAGGAUACGGCAAUGGGAUAAAGCAGAUAUGUUGUAUAGAAAAAUGCAAGAAGAUGGGCUUAUUCCACUAUAGCACAUGAAACUGUAUAUUAUUUGUAAGAA